AUGAGCGACCCGGCAGUCACCACUACGAUGCAGCAGCAGGCGGGCGAUUCAAAUGCCACGGAGGCGCCUGCUUCCCCAUUCAAUCCUCGAUAUGAAUGGAUGCAGAAUGCGGAGAAGCUAUUCAUAACAUUUUUUGUUAAAUCUCUCGAAGACUCGGACGUCACCGUCGACAUUUCCUCGCAAAGCCUCAAAGUGCAAAUAAGAAAUCCAAGUAUAAACAAGGAAGCAGCAGAGGACCAGCAGCAAAUAUUCGUAUUUCACGUGCCCAAACUCCGCCAUGAAAUACGACCAGAAGAUUCAACUUAUGAAAUACACAAAGCAAAACUCGAAAUCCUCCUGUCUAAGAAGAAUACGGGAGAGACAUGGGCAGCUUUAGAAGCCGUAAAGCAUGAGCAGGGGCAGCAGCAACAGCAACAGCCUGCUGUUAGUGCCUCGCGAGUUUAUCCGUCGUCUAAGAAGAAAAUUGAUUGGAAUAAAAUGGAAAAGCAAACAUCAGGAGGAACUGUCUUAUCAACGAAUUGGGCAGACGUCAAGGACAAAGACUACGAAAAGAACUUAGAGGCCCCUGAAGGCCAAGAAGUUCGUUCAUGGAAGUCAUGA